GUCUCUCUCCCAUCAGCACGCAGCUGUACCCGUACGCAACUGCGACAGGUCCACAUCGCGGCGGCCCACUCACCCCCAGCGACUGCCGACUGCUGUUCCAUGGCGGACGGCGACGGCGCGGCGGCGACGGGGAAGCUCGCGGAGCUCCCCAGCGGCGCCGAGAAGGGGCUCCCCAGGAGGGGCAAGGCUUCUUCUGGGAGGACAUUAAACACCGCACAAAUUCCGCUUGUUGCGAGCCAUCCAGAUGUGUAUGAGCCAUGUGAUGAUUCCUUUGCCCUUGUUGAUGCACUACUCUCAGACAAGGCACAACUCUUGACACUACAGCCAAGGUUAUGUAUGGAGGUAGGGUCUGGUAGUGGUUAUGUCAUCACCUCGCUUGCAAUCAUGCUCAGGCAGUUAGGCUCUGGAGCCCAGUACCUAGCAACUGACAUCAACCAACAUGCUGCCGAGACAACUCAAGCGACCCUUGAAGCUCAUGGGGUGCAUGCAGAUGUGAUUGUUACUGACAUCAUGUCUGGUCUUGAUAAACGCCUUGCUGGUAUGGUUGAUGUGGCAGUUGUUAACCCUCCUUAUGUGCCAACUCCUGUGGAAGAAGUCGGAUGUAGAGGCAUUGCUUCGUCCUGGGCAGGCGGUUUGAAUGGCCGCCAAGUGAUUGACAGGAUCCUUCCUGCUGUGCGUGAGAUGCUAUCAGAAAGGGGGUGGCUGUACAUGGUGGCCCUCGAAGAUAAUGAUCCUUCAGACAUAUGCCAUCUGAUGAGCGAGAUGGGGUAUGCAUCCCGCGUUAUCUUGAAGAGGUGUACUGAGGAGGAGAGCCUUUAUGUUCUCAAGUUCUGGCGAGACCCACACGCUGUUACAAGUGUGUCGCCGAAAUCUUCAGGCUCUGAAUCAUGGUUUUCUCAGUUGCAUUUCAAAUCCCUUUGGCACAAGGGCUCGUAGCAGUUCAUGCCCUCAUCAUUUUGGCAGUUUGGCGUCUUCAUCAGCUCCAAAACAUAGCAAGAGAUCUUCUGCAAAUCUGAGAUGGCAGUAUGUUUAGAUGUGUUUGGAUAAAAUGGUUACUGUUGGUUUCUGACCGUCUCAGGCACAGUGAAAGAAUCAAGAAUCAGCCUAGCUUGAUUGGUUUAAGGCGCAGAGCAAACAUGUCCUUAGACCAGAAAGUACUGAACCUUAUUAAUUUGGUAGCUUAAAUCGUUACCUUAUGUUCUCUUGGUGUGUGUGGUGUGUCAAUGUUUUUAAGGUUCUCUUGGUGUGUGUGUGUGUGUCAUUGUUUUUAAGGUGUCGCCAAGGCGUCCAAAAAUCAUAGGCGCCUUGCUCGCCUAGGCGUCCAGUCGAUAGGCCAACGUCUUAUCUCGACUUAUGCUUUAAGAACCAUGGUUUGUGUAUGCUACGUUGCUACUAUGGAUUCUUUGCCUUGCUAGGUUUGGAAUAUGUGUUUUCUUUAUAUAUCAUUGCGUCUAAAUGCUUAUUUCAAGAUGAGAGGAAAGU